CUUCGUGUAUAUAAGCGGUAAACUUGAAGCUUACGAGUUACAGUCUAAUUCGAGAGUCAAAGUUCUGACUGCAAGCGGCAGCAAAUCGCUAUGGCAAAGUUCAUAACUUUUCUGGGGUUGCUUUUCGCCGUCUACGGCGUUCAAGGUACAAGUUACCAGGAACUGUACGAAUUUGCCAACGAGAAAGUGGAAGAGUAUUUCGAAAAUGAAAUCGAUCCAUCUCUAGCGGAGCUGGAAGGUAUUGUCGUAAAAGCGUAUUACAUCACUGAACUUGUCCAAGCAAGGCUGAACUCGAGCUGGUCGGAAAUGGUUGAAGAGUUUGACGCGAAAGUCGAUGCGCUGACAACUGGAACCUCGGCUGACGUUAGCUCGUGCGUGUCCGCUUACUCGAGUGAAAAAGCGGAAGCGAGUAAAAUUUUGGCAAAUACAACCUCCUGUGUGAAUGUAAAGAAAAAUACGGUUACCGAGGUGUACAGUACGGUCAAAGCUGACAUAACAUCAUUCGUAAGCGAUCUGGAGGAGGAAACUACAUCAACUUGGUCUUGCAGCAGUUCCAAUAUAUGGACAAUGUGGAAAUGCGUGAAGAGCUACAUCAGCUCCCUUGAAACCGAAGUUCAAUCCACCUACAGCACUGUGACGAGUCAGGUAACGAGUUUUGAGGAUACGUACAGCGAUUUUGGAAGCUCACUGGAAGAUUGUGGCGUCACUAGCGUAGAAGCAACUGUUUCUACCCGACUGACUGAGGCUUACAACACGCUGGAGAAUUGCAUUGCAGACUUGUAAAAUUACAGUUCAGCUUCAAAUAACAAAAUUUUCGGAACGAAUACGCAGCAUUGAAAGUUUUGUAACUGUAUUGAAUAAAUAUAUCAGUAACUGUA